CAGUAACAGUACAUUUAAAAUUGUCAUUGAAAAACGUUGAUUGUUUGGUGUUCAGGCCACACAUGAUUAUCUGUUCGUUAUUUAGUUAAAUAUAUAUUGGCUAACAUUAAAAGUAUGUCGGAUUCAGAUGAAGUAAUAACUAGCGAUCUAGAGGACGAAUCCAUUGGCGAUAGCUCAAAAAGUGCAUAUGCUGAAUUGCCUAGCGGUGAAAUCAUUAUUGAAGAAUCUGGAACAGAAAGCUCUGAUGAAAGUAUUGUAAUUCGAAAGCGUAAUAGUAAUGGGACAAAAAGCCGCCGACGAAUUAUUCAGUCAGAAUCGGAAGAGUCUGAUGAGGAUGACGAGUCUGAUGAGGAUGACGAGUCUGAUGAGGAUGACGAGUCUGAUAGACAGGCCUUAUCACCACGCACUCGAAUGAGUAUUACAGGAGUAAGGCCAGAGGACCUUUCGGAUUCUAGCGAAAUUGAGUACUCGGACGCGCGAUCAGAAUUAGAAGAUUCAGUGGAAAAGCACAACACAGAAAAUGGAGAAGAAUCUCACACUCUUAAAAUUAAAAACUCGUUUGUGGAUGGAUCAGCGUCGGAGGCAGGAGCUGAAGAACACACUACUGAAGAAGAAACGACAAAGAGCAUUAUUGAUGAGGGCGAAAAUGUGAAAGCAAAAUUUGUGGAGGACACAAACAAAGUAUCAAAUGUUCCUGGUACACCGAAAAAUGAUCAAUUUCAACCGAAGCAAUCCAAUGUUGACUCACCCAUGAGCUCAGUUCGAUACAGUAUGCAGUUUGAAAGAGCUAUAAACGAAAAAUUAUCCUCUACCAUCUAUCAGGCAAGUCCAAAGGAUACAUAUCGAUCCCGAGUAGAUACGUCCGAUGAAAGUGAUGUUCAGGUGAUUAGUUUUAAGGAGAAAACCAUAGAAAUUGGUAGCAGUAGUGAUGAAAGUGAUCAGGAGAAUAUACCCACAACCAAUACUUCCAGCUACUUAAAAGGAGAAUUGAUUAAACCUAAACCACACCUAGUGCAACCGAAAGUUCCAGGAGUAAUUAAAGCUACUGAAUCUAUAGUCAACGCCAAAGUCAUGGCCAAGGAUAAGCAACUUGUUUCUAAAGAAUUUUUUGACAAGGAAUUAAAAAAAAUGCACGAACUGAAGAUUGAAUUACAAAGUGCGGAAAGGUUGCAUGAAAAAAUAGCACAGAGUUUACCUGAUGGAGGGAAGCAGCUUUCUCUCCGAAUUGAGCGCUUGCGCAAUGAUUUUCAUACUAAAUCUGGGUAUGUAACUACGCUAAAAGUUGAAGAUGCCGUUGCUUCAAGCUCAAACCAUCAAAUUCAAAAUAAAGUAGAUCCACUGAGCUGGGAAGACCUCUUGAAAGCUGUAAAUCAAAUUCAACCUACACAUACGGGCAAGCAAGGUCUGGCCACAUUCAAUGCGCAACGCGAAUUGACAGUUGAACGCCUAAAGGAUAUUCAUAGCUCGUUGAAGUCGUGUCCUACUGAAGAUGUACUUGCUGAAGAUCCAGUUGGUUUACAUGUAACUCUAAUGGAUCACCAGAAACAUGCACUGGCUUGGAUGACUUGGCGCGAAAACCAACGACCUCGUGGUGGUAUUCUUGCUGAUGAUAUGGGCUUAGGAAAGACCCUAACAAUGAUAUCACUAGUCCUUGCCUUAAAGAACUGUCCAGAGCAAGAAAGUAAUAUUGAAAAUGAUGAUUUGAGUGAAUCGGAAAAUGAAAAUGAGGGCUGGACAUCGAAAGGUCGACGAAAUUUUUACCCAGGAGGAACAUUGGUCAUUUGUCCAGCGAGCUUAAUUCGCCAAUGGGAGGGAGAAGUUGAGAGUAAAGUCAAGCGUCACAAGCUAACUGUUUGUGUCCAUCACGGUAAUAAUCGUGAUUCCAAACCAAAACAUUUGCGUACCUAUGAUAUUGUCAUUACUACUUACAAUAUUGUGUCGCGUGAACAAAAAUCCCAAGGUGCGCUAUUUGGUAUUAAAUGGCAGCGUAUAAUACUUGACGAAGCUCAUGUGAUACGCAACCAUAAAGCGCAAAUGUCAAUGGCUGUAUGUGCCCUAAGUGGCAAAAAUAAAUGGGCUCUGACCGGUACGCCUAUACAAAAUAAAGAAAUGGAUGCCUAUGCGCUAAUAAAGUUUCUGCGAUGUUCACCAUUUGACGAACUACCUCACUGGAAAAAGUGGAUUGAUAACAAGAGUGCUGGAGGUCAACAACGCUUAAAUGCCUUGAUGAAAUCACUUAUGCUUCGGCGUACCAACGUGAUGCUUCAAGAGCGCGGAGCUCUAAAUUGUUUGCCAGAGAAACGCAUGGAGCUUAUCGAAGUGAGCUUAGAUAAAGACGAAAUGAAUGUGUAUCAGAAGAUAAUGGUAUACUCGCGCACACUAUUUGCGCAAUUUCUGCUACAAAGAGCCGAACGAGAGACGGAUUUCAUGUACAGAGAGGAUAGUAAUCGGCCCACUUUUAGACAAUCCAAAGAUCCGAAUGGUGCGUACUACAAAGUACAUGAGAAAUUCACAAAACUGCAUCGUGGCCAAAAGGAUGUGAAAUCGCACGAAAUUUUAUUGUUGCUGUUAAGGCUGCGCCAAAUUUGUUGCCACCCAGGUUUAAUUGAUUCGGUAUGAUUUGAAUAUUACGUAUAAUUCGUUUUUAAAUUAUUUCUUAUGUAAGCUUUAUUUGAAAAGCUAAAAAUUGAUUUACUUGAGCAGUUGAACAACUUGGCAAUCAAUGACAGCUCAGAAAAUCGUAGUUUGGAAGAUGAUAAAGGGCUAAAACCUGGGGAAGAAGUUAUUGGCAUAGCUUCAGCGAAAGUCUUGCAACGCAGUAAUCCAAUAUUUAAUAUAAAGCGACCGUCAUCAAAAAUCAAAAAGGUUCUUGAAAUUUUGAAACAUCGUGUUCUGAAUGGAAAUGACAAGGCUAUUGUAGUCUCGCAAUGGACGAGCGUUCUGAAUAUACUGAAGUUACAUUUGGAGGAGCAGGGUAUCGGAACGUUGUCUCUUAAUGGCACUAUACCCGUCAAAAACCGUCAAGAAAUUGUCACAAAUUUUAAUAAUGCAAAUAUUAACAAGCGAAUUCUGCUACUUUCGCUAACAGCGGGGGGAGUAGGUUUAAACUUAGUCGGCGCUAAUCAUUUGUUAAUGAUCGACUUGCAUUGGAAUCCGCAAUUAGAAGCACAGGCGCAAGAUCGCAUUUAUCGUGUUGGGCAAAAGAAAAAUGUGGUUAUUUAUAAAUUCAUGUGCAAGGACACUGUAGAAGAGCGCAUAAGAGCAUUGCAGGAGCAUAAAAUGUCGAUAGCAGAUGGUGUACUUACGGGUGCGCGUUCGGCAGAGGGUAGUAAACUUACUAUGGAAGAUCUCAGAGGUCUUUUUGGCAUGUAAUUAAUUUUAUGUUCGGAAGAUAACAGGGGUCUUUUUCUUAGCUUAUAAUUAAUUUUAUGUUUCAGUAUUCUAUUUUAAAUAUUCCAAUGAACAAAUUUUUUUGAUAUGUUAUUUUUUAUGUCUUUAUGAACCGCUUAGUUAAUACGUGAAUAAAUACAUACAUAAUUAAAAAAAGAGGUUGUCUGUAAAGUCGGUUUACUGACGAUAGUUUAACGUGAUAACGUCAUUAGAAAAUACUGAUUGAAUGGUUGCAUUUUUCAAAAGAAAAUUUUAAUUUUAUUUGUUUGAUAGAUAUUUUGUAUGGAUAUAGAGAAUGAGGUAACAUUAACAUAACAUAACAUAACAUAACAUAACAUAACAUAACAUAACAUAACUUAGCAUAACAUAACAUAACAUGCUGUUCAAGCAAGGUAACGACGCAUUUUUUGGUGCGUUCAGCCGGCUACAUAGAAUUAUAAGACGUUAUCACGUGAAAAAAUAAUAAUAACAUUAAAACAACAGGUAUUAUUAACAAACUUGGUUUUAUUUU